AUCCUCCCCCACCCUACUGUAUAUUGUUGUGGAUUUGUUUAAGAGUAAUUCGAAAUAUUAUUUUAUGUCGGAACAGUGUUUCGUCAAAGCACUCUAAGGUUGUACGCGUAGAAAUGGUUUCACGAAGCUACCCAUUCAUCUUGUUACUCUCACUGGCACUUAUGGUGCUGUUGGGACAAAAGUACUUGUCAGACACUGAUAAAAUCUAUGGUAAAAACAAUGACUAUGGGGCCAAGGUAAAUGGUAAUACAGCGCUUGCUGGUGAAUUAGAAAGUGGAGAUACAGCAGUGGUGGAAGAAGAGGUAUUAAAUGUUCAAAAGGAGGGUUUUUGUAGUAAACCAGAAUCCGCACAUAACUACACGGUGUGUGAGAAUCUCCCUUUACUGCCGGUGGUGUGCGGGGAACAGGCUGAGAAACGUGAAUACGAUGAGAAUGGGGGGAAAUACAGAGUUCCUAACAUAGUUCACCUUGUACGUGUGGGAGAUAUGAAUUUCGAUGCUGUCAUGUUCCUCAACCUUCGAUCUGUGGCGAGAAUACAACAACCAGAAAUCAUUUACAUCUAUUAUACCACUGAAAAACCUACAGGAAUAUACAUUGAGAGAGCAGAAAGAGAAAUCCCGUGUCUUUUGUGGGUUAAAGUUGAGGAUCCAGAUUCCGUGGACGGGAUACAGCUUAGCGUUCCACAGUCGCGCUCUGACGUCAUUCGAUUCACGAAAAUCUUGGAACGUGGUGGAAUCUAUGUUGCCAACGACGUUAUUUUGUUAAAAAGUCUCGAUCCGUUACGACGAUACUCGUUUGCUGCAGGACGUGAACGUGAGGACAGCAUUAGCGAUGGGAUAAUGCUGGUUGAACCGAACUCAAUAUUCGCCCACACAUUUUACCAGGAAAGUUAUUUGGAAGCUUUGCGGAGUUACAACCCAUCACAAGAUGAUUUCAAAUAUGCCCAAGACGGAUUAUUUGCUUUUUAUAGACAGCACAUGCGGGACGAUGUUCACGUUAAGAACGAUUAUCUUUCCCGACCUCCGUCACUAGAGGGAUUCGGAGCGACUGUUAUUGGACAUUGGGACCUAAGCCAGCAUUAUGCUUUAAAUUUACAACUAUCCAAUACCUUUACCGACAGGCCUGAACCGGGUUGGGUACAAACAGCAAUGGAAGAGGAACUUCGGACAAUGGACAACGUAUAUGGUGAAGCGGCGAGGAUCGCUUAUUUCGGUUCACCCGAUCUAGUGUUUAAGCCAGGGGAAAUCGCACACGAUCGAAUGUCGACCAUAAAACUAAACCCGCUACCAAACAUCGAACCCGACAUUUUAGAACAUGAAAUUUAAAUCAUAGUUCUGUGGUGUAAGAUGGGAUACCGUUAGCACCUACAUACCAUAUUUCCUGGUCGCUUUUUAAACAACUAACUGCGUUCUUUCAGAGUCGCGGGGCCACAGAUAUUUAAUAAACUAAAUGGAACGAAAAAAGAAAUGAAAAUAUCUCAUUUUUCCCCACCCUACCAAUGUAUUUCACCAUCGUUACCACAACGAUAUGUAAAUGAAGCCAUGUUAUUAAACUUGUAUUAAUUAUAACCAGUAACGUGCAGAUCGUGGCGAUUCGGAAAUAAAAUAGAAUUCCCAAACAAACAUAUACGUCAUUAUAUCGUCACGUUUUUUAUUACAAUAAUCAAUAUACACAAACCAGCGU